AUGCGCGUCGUGUGUGUCCAGUGUACGCCGGAGCAGGGCAAGGUGCAGCAGAAUGCAGCGCAUAUCAUGUCGCUUGUGGAAACUGUAAAGCCGGGGUCAGUCGAUAUGCUUGUCCUGCCGGAAAUGGCGCUCACCGGGUACGUCCACGAUUCGCUCGACGCCAUCGAGCCGUUCCUGGAGAAUCCGUACGCUGAGGACGGCGCGACGUUUAACCUUGCUCGCGAUCUCGCGACAAGGCUGCAAUGCUACGUCGUUGCGGGCUUCCCGGAGCGUGCGUCGGCAGAGGCGCUCGCCGCGCAGCAUUCGCCACACCUGACAGAUGCGCGCCACCUGACGGACGAGCUCAAAGGCUCACCGCAUCUUCCGCAGGUUCGACAGAAGGCGUUUAAUGCCGCGAUGCUCGUCGGGCGCGACGGAAAACUCGUGCACGUCUUCCGCAAACACUUUUUGUACGAGCCCGACGCUACGUGGGCGGACGAAAGCGCAGGAUUUGGCUACAUCGAUUUGCAGGGUAUCGGACGCGUCUCGGUAGCUGUUUGCAUGGACUUGAACCGUACGUGGGCGCGGCGACUAACCACAGCGUACCUCUUGGACUCGGACUUUGAGCGCUACGAGCUGGCGCAUUUCUGCGACAAGAACCGCGUGGACUUUAUGGUUGUGUGCAUGAACUGGCUCCUCCCGGAAGAGGAGCUCGGAGCAUACGGCGAGAGCGACGGUAGUGCACCGAGUAUCCCUACCAUUAAUUACUGGGUGACACGCGCUAUGCCGCUAUGGGUGCCGGGCAUGGCGAAGCCAGGGCACGAAGGCCACAAGGUGACCAUGAUCGCAUGCAAUCGUACCGGCACGGAGCGUGGUAUGUAA